CACGACUAGAUCGUGCGCAGUCUCCCAGUCCUAAUACAUCACUCGAAUCACUUUGACAAGAGCGGCUCUUGUUUAACAUCACGGAACCAACAACGUGUUCCAGAGCUUAUUCAUCUACCCCGCAUCGUUCGCGCAUCGCUACAUACAAAAUGCCACCCCGUUACUUCAAGAACGACGAGGCCCUUAGCAGCAGAGACCCGCACAAGCAGCUCAUUGCUUCGCUCACUCGCCUGGUAGUCCAGCAUCCGCCUGCUGAACUGCGUGCUGGCGGUGGCUUCUAUAAUGGUCCAACCAGUAUUGCUUACCUGUUUCUCGUCCUGCAGCAGCUCUACUCGGAUCUGAUCAUCGAGGGCAUACAACUCGGCACUUGGUCCGCUACCUACCUGAAGCAAUCUCAGGACCACAUCAAAUCAUUCCCAGGCCCUCGCGUAGGCAAGUGCGGUAUCGCCGAUGAUAUCCUAGCACUUCUGGCCAUAGGCGCAGCCAGCUCGAAAGAUGCGGAUAUGGCAGCAGAACUCUGCGACUAUGCUGCCGAAGUACUCGACCAGGACAGUGAAAAUGAAUGGCUAUACGGACGCGCCGGCUAUCUCUACUACCUGCGCCUGGUCAAGGCAGCAUUCAUAGAUGACGCCAAAGUCUCGCAGAUGAUUGCUGACACGCAGGAAGAUGUUGUCGAAGCCAUUAUGAAGUCGGAGAGACCAUGGAAGUGGCACGGCAAGAGCUACGUUGGUGCAGUUCACGGCCUCAUCGGCAUCAUCACACAGGUGACGCUGACCGACCCUGAGCGCUACGCAAGAGCUGUCGAGGCUGACCUCUCGGUCCUCCUGACGUAUCAGUUCGACAGUGGAAACUGGCCCAGCAGUCUCCCUCCCGGUAAAGAUAAGCUGGUGCAGGUAUGCCAUGGUGCCCCCGGAGUGGUCAGCUCUCUACUCUCAAUCAAAGAUCACUUCCCCAAGCUCUCAAGCAGGAUCGACAGCGCGAUCCGCAAAGGCAGAGAUUGCAUCCUGGAGCGCGGUCUUCUUACAAAAGAGCCAUGCUUGUGCCACGGCAUCUCAGGCAACGCUCUCGCACUCGACGAAGAACAAUGCCAGCAUUUCUUGACUUACACAACUGGUCACGAGAUGAAGGGGCUGGAGAAAGAUGGCUUGGUAGAGAAGUCGGACAAUCCGGAAGGGCUCUGGGGCGGCGAGGCAGGGCGUGCAUGGGCAUGGGCGGUCAUGGACAAGGGUCUGCCCAAGAGACUGCUUGGCUACAAUGACAUCUGAGAGAUUGUGAUGGACAAUGACCACCAGCCUUUUGAUUCGAUCGAUUGCAGUUGGAGGGAAUCUCGGGCGUGUGUAACGACGGCAGCGGGCAAACGCACGCAAACACAGCUCACAGACGAGGCACAACGCGCGAGACAGCCGGCUGCAGGGGGCCCUGACUAGUGGUUUUACGACAUGACGAAUAAUGCAUCAUAGAGGCAGGCAGAUGGCUGGAGCUCCAGCAAGGCAUGCCAGACGGGAGUUUGAAGAUCAAACAGAGAGACACAUUGACAUGACGGUUGCUGGGUAUAUAGCACAAAGCAAGAACAGCGAUGACGAAGUGAUGAUUGAUGCACGACGUGUUUACCGUGUGCGCGUUGAGUGUUUGCGAAACAUAAUUUCCUUCUCCAAC